AUGCCACCCCUCGAACACCCGGACAGGGUCGACAAGUUAUGGGAGAUUAUCGACACCCGGAGACAGGGUUCUGUUGACUUUAAUGGCUUGAAAAAGGGACUUCGCAGGAUGGAUCAUCCUCUCAAGAAUGCAGAUUCUAUGCUUCAACAAGUUUUCAAAACGGUAGAUAUGAACGGCGAUGGUCGAAUACAAUACGGAGAAUUUCGUGACUUUGUCUCGCGUGCCGACGAGGCGUUGUGGGAACUAUUCAAAAGCAUUGAUCGAAAUCAAAAUGGGGAAAUAGACAGGGCGGAAUUGAGAUAUGCGUUUUCAAGUGCGGGGAUCACAGUGUCGAGCCCCGUGCUUGAUGAAUUUCUGGCUCAGAUGGACCGAAACAAUGAUGGGGUUAUAACUUAUAAUGAGUGGAGAGAUUUCCUACUCUUCCUACCAACUGAAGAUCACGACCUGCGUACCGUGCUAUCAUACUACAAGGCAACGGGAAAUCUAAACCCGGAAGGAGACGUCGACAUCGGUGAUUCUCGACAGGGUUUAGGUAUUGGAUUCCCGACCCAGUCUCAUUUCUUACUCCAUGCCCUCGAAACCGCUCUGUACUAUACCCUUCAACUUCCGCUCUCAAUAAUCUUGAACGCUGCUCCAGUCAACCUGGUAGCUGUUGCAUAUGCUGAAACGCCCAAUGCUGAGCAGCCAGCCUCCGCGGAUCUGGUCGUGUUUGACAGGGAUGGUGUUGAUCUUGAUUAUGAUGAGCUCGAGUGGCUUUCUGUUUCCAAACCUAUAGCUAUGUGGCUGUCAGUACGCUCGUAUGAACUGCAGUUGACCGACAUCUUCCCUCACUUAGGUUACUUCAUCGCCGGUGGACUUGCUGGCGCCGUCUCACGGACAGCUACCGCGCCCCUCGACCGUCUGAAAGUUUACCUCAUCGCCCAGACUGGUGUACGCAAAGAGGCUGUCCGUGCGGCUCAGAAGGGUGCUCCUGUGAAUGCCGUGCGGAAGGGGAUCAAGAGUCUGGUCGAUGCGAUGAAGGAGUUGUGGAAAGCCGGGGGCGUUCGGAGUCUCUUUGCAGGGAAUGGACUCAAUGUUGUCAAGAUUAUGCCAGAAUCGGCCAUUAAGUUCGGUGCCUAUGAAGCAUCGAAACGCGCAUUCGCUCGUCUUGAAGGGCAUAACGACACAAAGAAAAUUAAACCCACUUCACAAUUUCUGUCCGGCGGGCUUGGUGGUAUGGUAGCUCAAUGCUUCGUCUAUCCGAUUGAUACAUUGAAAUUCCGUAUGCAAUGCGAAGUCGUCCAGGGAGGAGUUCGAGGCAACAAACUCAUAGCCGAAACUGCUCGAAAGAUGUGGCAAACAACCGGUGGCUUCGCCUUCUUCCGUGGCUUACCUCUCGGUCUCAUGGGCAUGUUCCCUUACGCCGCAAUUGAUCUAUCAACAUUCGAAUACCUCAAACGAAGACUCGUUGCCCGCAAAGCGCGACAAGAAAAAUGCCACGAAGAUGACGUACCACUAAGCAACUUCACAACUGGAGCCAUUGGAGCCUUUAGCGGUGCUCUUGGUGCAUCAUUUGUAUAUCCACUCAAUGUCCUGCGAACACGAUUACAAGCACAGGGCACUGUGCUACAUCCUGCAACAUACGAUGGCAUCAUAGAUGUGACCCGGACGACUUAUCGUACUGAAGGAAUCCGUGGGUUUUACAAGGGUAUUACCCCGAACAUGCUCAAAGUGGCACCAGCAGUCUCGAUCAGUUACAUAGUCUACGAGAACGCGAAGCGAUUUCUAGGAUUGAAAUAAUCAUAUCCAGUCAUCCUCUUUCCACCAUUUUUUUCGAUAUAUACCCUUGUUUUUAAUGAGUCGCCAUGUCUCCGUCCUGCCAUACAUAUUACAUACAGAUUACAGAUCUCACCCAUGAUUUGUGACGAGGACAACUACUGUGUCUAUAUACACUCGCGUCUCAUCCCCUGUUCAUUCUCGGCUCAGUCCACGUUGUACUCUACUGCACUGCAUGCAUGGUAAGGGCGUUUUUUAUUGCAUUCUUUUCAUCCGUUGGAUAAAUUUCUCAAUUUCUCGUUGCUCCCCAUGUAUUUCCUUUGUUGAGA